CCUGCCCCCGGACAUUCUCCCGUUAUCUCUAUCCUCCCUAGCCUACAUACGUGCAUGAGCACUAGCUGCUGUUCAGGAGCUGAGCUAAUUGGUUUUAAAGUCUUUUCCUUAUCUUUUCCCCUGGCAGGCAGUAGCUGUGUAGCAGCAGUGUGCCUAUGCAGACGGAGGGAGCAGUGACCAGAGACAGGGUGUCCUCACCAUGGCCCACAUUCAGCCUCUGGCCGAAGUCAAGGACUGGUUCCGGAUCCGCAGCCUCCUGGCCCGACAGUGCCUGGCAGAGUUUCUGAGUGUGUUUGUGCUCAUGCUCCUUACCCAGGGGGCUGUGGCCCAGACCAUCACCAGUGAAGAAACCAAGGGCAACUUCUUCACCACGUUUCUGGCUGGCUCUCUUUCUGUCAUAAUAGCCAUCUACGUGGGUGGAAAUGUCUCAGGAGCCCACCUGAAUCCAGCCUUCUCCCUGGCCAUGUGCCUCUUGGGACGACUCCCCUGGGCCAAGCUCCCCAUUUACUGCUUGGUGCAGCUGCUAUCUGCUUUCUGUGCCUCCGGAGUCACCUAUGCUCUCUACUAUGAUGCUCUACAGAACUAUACAGGUGGGAAUCUGACAGUGACUGGCCCCAAGGAGACAGCCUCCAUCUUUGCCACCUACCCUGCACCUUAUCUGUCCCUGAACAAUGGCUUCCUGGAUCAGGUUCUGGGCACCGGGAUCCUGAUUGUGGGGCUCUUGGCCAUCCUGGACACACGGAACAAGGGAGUGCCUGCAGGUCUGGAACCCAUAGCAGUGGGGCUGCUGAUCCUGGUCAUUGAGCUAUCCAUGGGUGUCAACUGUGGGGUCCCACUCAACCCUGCCCGGGACCUGGGCCCACGGCUUUUCACCUACCUGGCUGGCUGGGGCCCUGAAGUCUUCAGUGCUGGUAAUGGCUGGUGGUGGGUGCCUGUGGUGGCCCCUCUGGUGGGGGCCACACUUGGCACAGCUACAUACCAGCUGCUGGUGGCUCUCCACCACCCUGAGGACUCAGAGCCAGCUCAGGAUCUAGAGUUUGCCCAACAUAAAGCUUCAGACUUGGAAACUCCUGUCUCAGCUAAGAUGCCGGAGUGUAAGCUAUGAUUCUGACAUGACAGCCCUCACCUCCUUCAUGGACACUGGAGAGGGCCAGAGACCCAGCCCUGGUGACAAGACAUUCUUUCUCUUUAUUAAUACACCAGGCUCUGGGCAGCUUUUCUGUUUACUUAUCUAGGCAUCGCUUCCUCCUAACCUGGGGAGGAUGCCUGGACAGGGAGAACUGGAGGAUAAAGUCCGGGGACCCAGGAUCUUCAUCCCUUUACCCCAACCGCAAAGCAGGUUUUCAGACCCUGAGGACUUCCAGGAACGUAGUUCGUCAAAAUAACCGCCAGAGGGUGCGCGGCCUGGGAGCCGGAUUAGGAAGGCUACGGGAAUCCGCAGGGUAGUGGGGACAGACCAUCCAGUGGAGGGCAUAACCCUGGGGACUUCCUCCAAAGCUUGGUCCCCACUGCCUGACUCCUAGCUCUCGUAACCUCAGCGCCUCCCGCCUUUACCCUCACUGGGGCGCCUCCCCUAGAUUCAGCCACCCCCAUGUAGUAGUUAGGGGUGGGGAAACUGUCUCCUCCAA